AUGUUUAACACCACUGUCCACAGAGUUCAGCUUGACAAGAAAGGGUCCAAAGCGACUGGCGUCGUGCUCACGGACGGCACGUUUGUCAGAGCCAGGAAGGAGGUAGUUGUCUCAGCCGGGAGCCUGCUUUCCCCAAAGAUCUUGGAAUUUUCCGGGAUAGGCCAGAAAACCGUAUCGAAUAACGCUCUUAUCAAGCAAAUGGUCGAUCUUCCCGGUGUCGGCGAAAACCUGCAGGAUCAUCUCCGUAUCCAAACAACAUAUGAGCUUAAACCUAACUUGCUCGGAGUAGACAUUCUGAAGUAUAAUACGACAUUGGCAGCCCUUGAGUUGGAAUUGUGGAAGCGUGGUAAACCGUCGCUGUAUCAGUACGCUGGUAGCUGCUAUGGCUUCCUUACGUGGAAACAAGCUCUUGGUGACGACAACAAGCUUGUUCGACUGGCGAUGCAAUCAGCGAACAUGUCAAAUCCUGUGGACCGAAGGAAACUUGAACUACUCACUGAUCCUGGAUCCAAAGCACCUGGUCUCGAGGGCGUCUUCAGCGACGGUUAUAUUGGGACGACCGGAUACCCAAAAAACGGCACAGCUGGCUACGGUAGGCAAUAUGCCACGCUUCUUGCUGUCGUUCAGCACCCGCUCGCCAGAGGAUCAGUUCACAUCAACGGAUCAGACCCUGUGAACAAGCCUCUUGUGGAUCCAAGAUAUCUCGGUACGCCAUAUGAUUUGGAGGCUUUACUAUCAGCCGCAAAGUACACGCGAAAGAUGGCCAAAACCGCUCCUUUCAAAGACGUCUGGGUGUCCGAAUACGACCCUGGCAAGAACACUGAAACGGACGCAGAGUGGGAGACAUACAUCAGAAACAACGUAUUUACUUGA